AUGGGUCUCCUUAGUAAGAUAAAGAGCAAGAAAGAAGACUAUGUCAACAGAAACAAUAAGGAGGAACCAGCGGAGAAUAAUCCGUAUAUGAACACCUCUAUGCCAACUAAAGAAAACAAGUUUAGUGCAUUCGGUGACUAUGCUACUCAAAAGCGUGAAAACAUGGGGACAUACGGUCCCCGUACUGAGGCUCCUGAUACCUCCCGAAAAGCCCCUCAAUUUGAAGAGACCUGGCAAGAAUAUAAAGCCAAAAAGGAACAGGAAAAGACCAGCUACGGCGGAUACAAUAACUACGAUAAUGGUUAUGGUAAGAACGAUUACAAUAAUAAUAGCAAUGGCUAUAAUAAUAACGGGUAUGGCGGUUAUAGCGAAGACAAUUUGAAUGCCCCUGGCAAUAAUUACAACCCGGAUGACUUGAAUGCCUCCCACCAUAACUAUGAUCCAGAUGAUUUGAAUGCUGAUCCAGAAGAAGUUAGACAAUACGAUCAACCUCAAGCCCAACAACAGGUUCAAAGAGAACUUACUGAGGAAGAAAAAGCCCAACAAGAAGAGGAAGAAGAGCUUGAGGAUAUUAAGGGUGAAUUAUCAUUUACUAGAGAUAAGACUCUUCAAUCCACUCAAAGAAUCAUGGAUUUGGCUGAUGAAGCAGAAAUGUCUGGGCAAAACACCCUUGGGAUGCUUGGGAAUCAAGCGAAGAGAAUGUUUGAUACCGAGAAUAAUCUUCGUCUUGCGCAUACCCAAACCCGUAUUGCAACAGAAAGAGCCAAGGAGUUGCGUACUGCAGGUAACGUGUUCCGUGCACCAGGAAACCCAUUUAACAAGAAGAGCCGUCUUAGAGCGCGUGAAGAACGUGAAAUGUCUAACUUGAUUGCUGAUAGACAGGCAGAUGACAGAGCCCUUAAGGACUAUCAAGGCACUGAGCGCCGUGUCAAGGAAAACCUUGGGUACUACCCUGGCCAACAAAACGUCACUGCUCAGCAACAACGUACCAGAGACGCUGCUCUCAGAGCCCAUCAACAAUACUUGUUUGAAGAUGAAGAUGAAGAGGAACGUGAAAAGGAAUUGCAAAUUGGUGCCAAUAUGAACAAUAUCUUGAGCAAGACCAAGAACUUAAAGAAGAUUGCCAUGGCCCAAAGUGAUGAAUUGGAAAGACAAAAUGACAAGUUUAGAGAGAUGGAAGAGAGAUUGAACAAUGUUACUUUGGGAGUUGAUCAAAAUACCGCUCGUUUAAAGAGAAUCUCUGGUAAAUAA